GAUCGCCUUUAUUUUGCAAUUCUGUACCAAAAACCAAAGAGUGGAGCUGCAAAUACCCAUUAUUUCUGCAUAGAUGAUGAACUUGUGUAUGAGAACUUCUAUGCUGACUUUGGACCACUCAAUCUGGCAAUGGUCUACAGAUACUGCUGCAAGCUAAACAAGAAAUUAAAGUCAUUUUCAUUGAUAAGGAAGAAAAUAAUUCAUUAUACUGGCUUUGAUCAGAAAAAGCAGGCGAACGCCGCAUUCCUCAUAGGCUCCUACGCAAUAAUAUACCUGAGAGAAUCCCCAGAAGAAGUGUACAGGCUUAUAUUGUCAGGAAGUGUUUCAUAUCUUCCUUUCAGGGAUGCUUCCUUUGGUACUUGCAGCUUUCAUCUGACAUUACUGGACUGUUUUCAUGCAAUAAACAAGGCUUUGCAGCAUGGUUUCCUGGAUUUUGGUACGUUUGAUGUAAAUGAAUAUGAGCAUUAUGAGAGAGCAGAAAAUGGAGAUUUUAACUGGAUAAUACCAAACAAAUUCAUUGCCUUCAGUGGACCUCAUUCAAGAAGUAAAAUUGAAAAUGGCUAUCCCCACCAUGCUCCAGAGGCUUAUUUCCCAUACUUCAAGCAACAUAAGGUCACCACUAUAAUACGCCUCAACAAAAAACUGUAUGAUGCCAAACGAUUUACAGAUGCUGGAUUUGAGCAUUUUGAUCUCUUCUUUGCUGAUGGAAGUACACCUAGUGAUACUAUUGUUAAAACAUUUCUAAAUAUUUGUGAAAAUGCUGAAGGUGUAAUAGCUGUUCAUUGCAAAGCUGGUCUUGGACGAACUGGCACACUUAUUGCCUGUUACAUCAUGAAGCAUUAUCGGAUGACAGCUGCUGAGUCUAUUGCCUGGAUCAGAAUAAAUAGACCUGGUUCUGUGAUUGGACCCCAACAGCAUUUCCUGAUGGACAAACAGGCAGAACUUUGGACAGAAGGGGAUAUUUUCCGUGCAAAGUUGAAACGAAACCAUAAAAUUGCUGUAACAAGAAUUCUGUCAGGAGUAGAUGAUAUUUCAAUUAAUAACACAAGAAACAGGAGAACCAUCCAAAAGGACAUUGAACUGUACAGUGAUGAUGAUGAAACAAACUGUUUAACACAAGGGGAUAAGCUUCGUGCUCUGAAAAGCAAAAGGCAAGCAAAAACUCCAACUGCAUCUCCACUAGCAGUAACUCUGCAGUCCAGUGUUCAGAAAAGUAAAACCUCUGAACCUAGCAUUUCUGACAGUACAGACAUUACUAAAAGAACUACCAGGUCUGCUGCAAGAAAAAACAGUUUUAAAAGACUGAAAAUGCCUUUUGGCCCAGAAGCAUAUGGCCAGACUACUGCUGUGUAUCUUUGUGUACGCAUUUGAUCACACCUCUCUGUGGCAACUCUCCAGGUCAUUAUAAAAGCCAAUCCGUCACAAAGACUAGAACAGUAUUGCGUUGAAUUUCGAAUAAGCCACCAGUGUUGAAGAGGAUAUUCAGGAGUGAAGGGGAUAUAGAGGGGACUUGAUGCAAUUCAAGGAGGAUUACUUUGGCUCUAUUUUUCAGCAAAAAAUGAAAUAGAACAAUCUCUUUCUUAUUUGUAGAAUAAAAUGAAUGGUCAACAUGUUUGGUAGACCUUUUUCUACCAUGCUAACACUUUCUCAAAACCAACAAAAUCUACGUACAUUCAGACUCAGGUGUAAAUAUUUAAGCUCUCUAUUAUAAAGAGGGCUUGCCAGUAUGUAUGAUGCAUGUGUAUGAAUUGUGAUGGCAAUCACUUAGCUGCUGACUACCAAAUGGUGGGAGCUUUUAAGUAUAUAAAUCUGUGUUGUGCAUUCAGACUGGGCUGAGUUCUUGACUCUGAGAAUCAACCACAAAAACUUUUUUUCUAAUAGUAUUGGUACUCUCCUAUAUUGAUUUCUUUCUUACUUUGUAUGAAGUUUUUUUAUGAACUGCAGUAUGGAGUACACAAUGUAACUGUUGUCCACCAAAGAGUGCUUUAUUGUCAACGGUUGUGUGGUUUAUUUAGGACAAACUAAUUGUAAGUGAUUAACUUGUUUUUAAUAGUGACAGCUUUUUAGUUGUUCACAACCAAUUGCUCUUUGAACUAGUUAUAACUAGUUUAUAAGUUUGCCUAAAAUCUGGUAUGAUUUUAAAGGGGAGGAAAAACACUACCAUUUAAAGCAGUGCUGUCAUAUUGAAAUGUCAUUACUGUUUAAUCACUGAAACAUUACUGUUUCUUUUCCUAUCAAGUCCUUCAGGUGAAACUUUAAAUUACCAUAUAUGAAAGGUAAGAAUUACCCCCAGAUUCUAUUCAUAUGCUUGGUAACAUAUAGACAGUGCUGGUUUUUAGCUUUGGGACACUUAAUGAGUGCAGCACACAAAAAAAUGGAAAAUAAGGGUGCCAUAUAACUAAGGUAGAGGAAUUCAGGAGCUGGGAAAAAAUUUGACACCUAACACUUUAAGAACUACAAUUUCUCUCUGUUAAAAAGCAAUAUAAUUUUUAGAGGAAGCUACUUGAGACUGAAAUUUUCAUCCCCUACAGGAUUACAGUGGUUUUUUCCUAUGACUUUUCACAUUAUGACAUUUCAAAACUGAUGUACCCUUGUCCACCAGCUGAUGGUUAUAGCUGCAUAUCCCUCAGAUGAGGGCUGUUACCACAUAGCCUUAAAAAAAUCAAUCAGUUAGCUGUUGAUUUAAUGACUCUUAGAGUAGAAAGUGGCAGAAAUGGAGAAAUCUGAAAUGUUAGUAAUGGAAUAACGGAAGUUUUUAAAGAUGCGUAUUACCUCUAUGAGAGAGGGAAGUUUAUUUAAAUGAAUGUAAAUGUUCAGUGACUUGUUUCAAUCUACAUCCCUUUAAAUGGAAACUAAGCCUUCUGUUAGGCUGGUGACUUUUGAAUGCCAAUAUGAAUAUCCCACAGUGGUUUGGAAACAUUUUCUAGCAAUCAUGAAUUGGAGAGGAAAAAGGAUGUGAAGCGUAAGUAAGCUUACAGGUAACAUCCGUGCACUUAGAUAGUCAAAAUCUGCAAAUAGGAAUACAAAUUAAAAAGAAAGUGUUUAAUGUAAAAUAAAGGACCAUUAAAGGCUCAGACUGAAUUUUUUUUCUUAAACUUCCCUUUUCACCCCCUUUUCUUCUAGAUAAAAAACAUCUAAAAGAGAGGGACUGAUCUCAUCCUGAUGAGUUAAUUAAAAUUUCUUGAGGUUUGAAUGGGGUUGUUCUGGUUUGGGGGUUAUUUUUUUC